AACCCAGUUCUAUUUCAAACAACUUGGAUAUUGAAAGACGUAAGUUUAGCACGUUAAUGCAAGGAUGUCUAAAGAAGAGGAUAAAUUCGACGGAUUGCUAUUAGCUAUAGCGGAAAAACAUACAGACGGGAUACCUCAGUUUUUAAACACGGUUGCCAGUUUCUUACGUCGGAAGACAGAUUUUUUUACUGGAGCUUCUCAGGCACAAUGGGAAAAGUUGCUUUUAAGUGUUUUCCAUAAGCAGUCUAGUUUAGCAAUCGCGACUUCUAAUGAACAGAAUGAAACAUCUAUUGACAUGGAUAUCACAAAGAAAAGGCUUACCAAAAACAACAGGACUGAGGAAAACAUUUGCGAAGAGGACAUAUCCAAACCUAUCAAUGACAUAGAUGACGAUUCUGAAAAAAUGGAAAUUGGCAAGCUUAAGCCAAACACUGGAAACGGUUGCACGCUGGAUAAGUAUUCGUGGACGCAAACUUUACAGGAAGUUGAGGUUAAGAUCCCUCUAAGAGUUUCAUCUAAUUUGAGAGCUAAAGAUAUUUCCGUUACUAUAGGAAAAAUGUCACUCUUCGUGGGCUUAAAAAACGAGGAACCUAUAAUAAACGGAGUGCUCUGCGCUGAAAUCAAACAAGAAGAUUCAGUCUGGGUUUUACAAGACAACAAAACUUUGCUCAUUACACUUGAAAAGCUUAACAAAAUGAAUUGGUGGGACCGCUUGACAACUGCAGAUCCUCCAAUUUCAACACGUAAAAUAAACCCUGAGCCAUCAAAACUUUCUGAUCUGGACGGUGAAACUCGAAGUUUGGUUGAAAAAAUGAUGUAUGAUCAACGUCAAAAAGAGCUGGGUCUCCCAACAAGUGAAGAUAAAAAGAAAAUGGAGAUAUUAGAGAAAUUUAAAAUGCAACAUCCCGAGAUGGACUUCUCAAAUUGCAAAUUCAACUGAAAUGAUGUUACACAUAUUUAUCGUACAUGUACCGUAAUAAACAGAUUAUCUACAAAUGUA